UUGCAGACUUAAAGAAGUGUUACCAUUGGCGAUUAUUGGCAUUGUUUUGUGACUUGGUUCUUUAAUUUUUAAGAAUUUAAAUUAUUCAAUUAAUAAGAUGCCGAAAGUUGUAUCAAGAAGUAUAGUAUGUUCGGAUACCAAGGAUCAGGAAGAAUAUAAUGAAGAAAAGCCUCUCAACGUUUACUAUUGUCUCUGCGGUCAAAUGGCAUUGAUAUUGGAUUGUGCAUUAGAGAAACUUCCACUUAGAUCUAGGGAUGGAGCACGUGUUAUUGAUGGAAGUAAACAUGCCCAUAAAUUAUCAUGUGAACAAGAUGAAACAGUUUACUUAAAAAGGUUAGAGGGAAUUGAACGUCAGUAUAGAAAGAAGUGUAAAAAGUGUGGACUAUUACUGUUUUACAUGCAUGAUCCAAAGAGUGUCGUUACAUUCAUUGUUAAAGGGGCUGUAUGUAAGGCUGGAGAUGGUCCUAUGAAAACAAGUAUUUUUUCACAAGUUUCUUCAGAACCUAAGAAGAUUAUGGUCACCAAACACACCAAAAACAUGGGCAAAUUUAGUUCUGUGACAGUCUCUACUAUAGACGAAGAAGAAGAAGAAAUUGAAGCAAGAGAAGUGGCAGAUUCCUAUGCGAACAAUGCUAGAAUUAUUGAAAAGCAGUUGGAAAGAAAAGGAAUGAGUAAAAGAAAGUUGCUGGAACAGGUUGCACCAAAUGACCAAGGUAUUAAGAAGUCCAAACCUAAAGGAACCUUGAUUGACAAAUGAAAUGCUGUAGACCAACAUGUAAUGAAAUAUGAAGUUCCCAAAAAAGUGAAAUUGUUUGCUUCACAGGACAAUGGGGAAAGUUCAAUAUAGAAAAGAACCGACAGUGGAAAGUUCAACCCGUUGUAGUAUUUAUUUGAAGAAAGCAUUUCCUAAACAGUUAUGGGGAUGUUUAAUUUCCUUACAAGCAGUUACAUAUUAAAUUCAACCUUUUGAAAACACAGUGUCCAAGUUUUAUGUCUUUUUAAAAGACAGUUCAGUGUAUACAUAAUUCUAUUUUUGAAAGAUCCCUUUGCAACCCAACUUGAGGCUGCAAUAUUGUGAAAAUAUAUUUGUAUAUUUGUUAAACAAUUUGUUUAGCAUCUGUAAAUAAAAAGUCUUUCUUCAAAAGGACA